GCAUUACGUCCCUUGGACAGAUCCACUUCCGGACUGACUGCAGACGAUGGAGCUUCAAGAUGUUUUCUAUAACGGGGCCGAAUAUAUUGAAACGGCCUCAGGAAAUAAAGUGAGCCGACAGUCCGUACUGUGUGGAAGUCAGAAUAUUGUCAUAAAUGGAAAGACAAUUAUUAUGACUGACUGUGUUAUUCGUGGUGACCUAGCAAAUGUCAGAGUUGGACGAUUUUGUGUAGUCAGUAAAAGAGCUGUGAUUAGACCUGCCUUCAAAAAAUUUUCAAAAGGUGUGGCCUUUUUCCCUCUUCAUAUAGGAGAUCAUGUGUUUAUUGGCGAGGACUCUAUUGUCAAUGCAGCACAAGUGGGGUCAUAUGUUCAUAUAGGAAAAAAUUGUGUGAUAGGCAGAAGAUCUGUGCUAAAGGACUGUUGUGCUAUAGCUGACAACACAGUUCUACCACCAGAAACUGUUGUACCUCCCUUUACAAUCUUUGGUGGAUCUCCAGGUAAAGUAGAGGGAGAGCUGCCAGAGUGCACACAAGAUCUGAUGACAGACAUCACCACCAGCUUUUAUCAGCAUUUCCGACCACAUGGAAAAGGCAAAUGAGCAAAUAAACUUCCUUCUCCCCUAUUUAUGUUUUUACUUCAUGUGGAUUAGUGCAAUUCACAUCUGUGAUGCACACACUUCUGAUGAUAAGAGGUACUUGAAAAAUGUUACAGUUGUCAGGGGGUAACAAAAAAUGAGGAGCAGAGAAUCCAAGCAGCCCAUUUUUAGCUUCAUCACAAAAAUCUGCAUGUGAUUAUUGUGGACCAUUGUGUUGUAAAGUGCAAUAGCCUUUAUUUACUUUCUUCUCUGCAUUAUUUAUUGCAUAAUGCACCCUAGAAUUUACAAGAAUUUUAACAUUACAGAGGACUUGCCCUAAAAUAUUGGAAUGGUGUUUAUGAUGAUAGAAGGCACAGCCAGCUUUAGGCACUGUGCUGUUGUCAUUUGCUGACUGAUAGGUGUACAAAGUCAAGUGGUACAUGCUAAAGGUCCUAUACUUGACACUUUAUUGAAGACUAAAUGACAGCAAACUUUAAAGCUACUUCAUCUAAAUCAUAACAGUAUGUAGCAUUAUCAUGCAUCUGAUACCAGUGGUAGUGAAGAGUUUGCUUUGUUUCACUGUUGUUGAGUACAUUUUGUGGUAAUAAUAGAAUUAUUUGUAUUGAUAUUCUUGGGUACUGAGGUUUCCCUGUUUAUAUUUUUUCUUUGAUUAACUCUUAUUCCUUUUUCUUCACUUAAAAUCUGCCUUACCUGCUUGAUUUUCUGAAGCUGUGUUUACUUGGAUAUAUUUGAAUUAGCAUGUAUGGCUUACCUAAACCUAAAAAUCAUAUCCAUAAUAAAAUUAUUCAAUUUGUUUUGUGAGGACCUAAGCCACUAGAACAUUUUGAAUUAAAAGGGUUGUUGAAAUAUAAGAUUUAUUUGGCAUGAAGGAAAGAUAAGCACUGAAUCAGUUCUGUCUUGCUCUUGACUACUUAAAAAAAUCUGAUUUCUUCCUCUUCUAAUAUCUUUCUUAGUUGAAUUUUUACGGAGAUAAUGGCUCAGCGUUUUUUUUUGUUUUUUUUUUGUUGAAAUUAUUGCUUGCAGAAAUAAAGUGGAAACUAGC